GCCUCCAGAUGGACUGCCAGUCAGAAUGGAGGCGGGCACUUCCGGUCCACCAAGCUGAAGGCGUGGGCGACCGAGACGGGAGGAGGCCGCGCUGUUGCGUGUGCUGAGCUGUGAGCCGGUCCCGGGGGCUGUGAGGAGAGCGCGGCGAGCGCGGAAGCCGCCAUGGAUGCAGUGACCUGUGAGGAUGUGCAUGUGAACUUCACUCAUGACGAGUGGGCACUGCUGGAUCCUUCCCAGAAGAGUCUCUACAAAGAUGUGAUGCUGGAGACAUACUGGAACCUCACUUCCAUAGGCUACAAAUGGGAAGACCAUAAUAUUGAAGAACAUUGUCAGAGGUCCAGAAGAAAUGGAAGGUAUGUCAUCUGUCACUCUGGAUACAAGCCCUGUGAGCAUAAGGAAUAUGGAAAGAAGCAUUGGACUUCAGUCUCUCUCAGGAAAAAUGGGAGAUGUGUAGUAGUCCCCACCAUGAGAAGACAUGAUGACUGUGAUACAAGUUUACAAGUAAUUGGUUUUACAACUUCUGUGGGAAUACAUCAAGAAGCUCUCACAGGAGAAAAACCUUAUGAGUACCAGGAAUAUGGAAAUUCAUCUCUCUGUACUGGUUCACAGUGCACAUGUAGUUUGACUCACAGUAUAAGAAAAUGUUGUGAUUGUAAUCAGUGUGGUCAAACUCUGAGUUCUUCAAGUUCUCUUCAAAGAUGUGAAAGAACUCACGUGGGCAGAGAAAAUAGUAAAUGGGAGCCAUAUACUAAAGGCUUUAGCCAUUACAGGCAUCUUCAAAUAGACAAAACAGCCAGUAAAGAAGAGGAUCUCUAUGAAGCCUUUGGAUCUGAUUCCUCUUUGAAAGUACACCAAAGAACUCAUUUGGAAAGAAAACCCCAUGAGUAUAAUCAAAGUUAUAAAGCCUUUGCGUGUCCCACUUAUCUUCAAAUAUAUAAUAGACGUUAUACUGGAGAGAAACCCUAUGAAUGUAAUCAAUGUGGUAAAGCCUUUGCACAUAAAAGUCAUCUUCUCACUCAUCUAAGAAGUCAUACUGGAGAGAAACCCUAUGACUGUAAUCAAUGUGGUAAAGCCUUUUCACUGAAGAAGAACCUUCUCUGUCAUCAAAGAAGUCACACUGGAGAGAAACCCUAUGCAUGUAAUCAAUGUGGUAAAGCCUUUGCAGAGAAGUAUAAGCUUCUCAGUCAUGAAAGAAUUCAUACUGGAGAGAAACCCUAUGCAUGUAAUCAAUGUGGUAAAGCCUUUGCAAGGAAGAGUAAUCUUCUCAGUCAUGAGAGAAUUCAUACUGGAGAGAAACCUUAUGAAUGUAAUCAAUGUGGUAAAGCCUUUGCACAGAAGAGUCAUCUUCUCAGUCAUGAAAGAAAUCAUAGUGGAGAGAAACCCUAUGAAUGUAAUGAAUGUGGUAAAACAUUUGCACAGAAGAGUAAUCUGCACAGUCAUGAAAGAAGUCAUAGUGGAGAGAAACCCUAUGCAUGUAAUCAAUGCAGUAAAACCUUUGCACAGAAGAGUAGUCUUCAAAGUCAUGAAAGAAUUCACACUGGAGAGAAACCCUAUGCAUGUAAUCAAUGUGGUAAAGCCUUUGUUCAGAAGAGUAGUCUUCACAGGCAUGAAAUAAUUCAUACUGAUAAGAAACCCUAUGAAUGUAAUCAGUGUGGUAAAGCCUUUGCAGCAAAGAAGAAUCUUCUAGGUCAUGAAAGAAAUCAUACUGGAGAGAGACCUUAUGAAUGCAAUCAAUGUGCUAAAUCCUUUGCACUGAAGAAGUAUCUUCUCAGCCAUAAGAGAAUUCAUACUGGAGAGAAACCUUAUGAAUGUAAUCAGUGUGGUAAAGCCUUUGCAACAAAGAGUCAUCUUCUUAGUCAUAAACGAAUUCAUACUAGACAGUACCAUAUGGAUGUAAUUAAUGUUGUAAUUUCAGAAAUGAGCUGCCACGUGGGUGCUGGAAACUGAACUGUGUUUUCUACUAGAGGUACUUGCUGGAUUCCAGGUUCAUGGGGUUCAGGUCCCAAAGAAGAAAUUAGGUGUCAGCAAAGGAAGGACCUGCCAUAUCUGAGAGUGAAUCAGGAUAGCUGUUGCUUUGUUGAAACAAGACCACCUUUUUUAUACUCUAUAACUGACCAUUAGUGUUGCUGGAGUUUUUCUUUCCAGCCUGGUCCUACCGCCCUUUUAGCCUCAAAUAAGCGCACAGAUGCUAUAUUAGUUACAAAACCAUUGGCUAAUGGCUAGGACUUCUUAUUGGCUAGCUCUGUCUUAAUUAUUAACCAAUAACUACUAAUUUAUGUAUUUCUUCAUGGCCUUAUCUUACCAGAGAAUGCCUGGCACAUCCUAUCCUCCCUGUCUCUACAUAGUGUCUCUUUGUGGUCUCUCUCUUUGCCUACCUUUCCCAGAAUUCUUGUCUCCUAGUCUCACCUAUCUUUCUGCCUCUAUUGGUCAAAUGGUGUUUUAUUCAUCAACCAAUAAGAGAAACAUAUAUACAGAAGGACAUGCCCCAUCACAUUAGUUUAGACUUAAGCAAAAUUGAAAGCAGGCUUAAUGAUUCCAGGAUGAAAGCAGCUGUCAAAUUCAUCACAACAUUUUUCCUGAGGCAAAAAGUGAUAAAUUUAGCAAGUAUCUAAAUGCCUCUCUGGAUGUGAGCCCAUUGUUUCCUUUCAUAGUGUGCUUUCCUCCUUGGGACCAAGUGUGUCCAGUUAGUAAAUCUUUAAUAUCUUUAUUUUUGGUGUAACCAGGACACAAUGGGGAUUCUUGUUUGGGAGUAGGCAUGGCUAUCACAUUAUGUGUUUCCAUGGUGGUGGGCAUUUCCCCCCAAGAAUUUUGAUGAAAGCGACUGCCAUUGUAUACAUCCGCAUCCUCCACUGAAGCUUGCAAAAAAUUUUCCCACAGGAAAAGGCAUAAGGAAACUUUAUAACAUAUAGUGUGUGGUAAGUAUUGGAUCCCCAGUUAUUUGGUAUCUUUUACUGAUACUAUAAGCCAAAUUAAUAAGACCAGAUUUAAUAAACAGCAAAGCACAGCAGAGAAUUCCCCUGGUGACUCUCAGAAAGGCAGGAGAGGAAUCGUGGCAGGUCUGGCACCAGGUCUUAAAAACCCUGUAGGCAUGGUCUUGAGCAACUUCAGGGUAGGAGCAGACCCUUGGUGAGCUUUCUUAGGGGAGAUAUCCCAGACUCUUUGGGUAUGUGGGUGCUGGGUCAAGAAAGAAGGCAGAGUAGAGAGAGAUGCCAUCAGCUGCCAGAGGAGUAAGAUGCCAGAGCAUUACUGGUAAGCCAUGGGCCACGUGUUACACAGGUUAAUAGAAAUGGGUUAACUUGUAUGUAAGAGCUAACUAGUAAUAAGCCUUGAGCCAUCAGCUAAACGAUUAUAAUAUAAUCCUCUGAAUGAUUAUUUUAUAAGCAGCUGUGGGACUGGCAGGCGUGACUGAAAAGCUCCAGCUAUAUCCAUUUUCUCCUUUAAUCAUGUGGAUCCCAAAGAUGGAUAUCAGGAAGAAAAAUAGGCUUGGCAGCAAGUGUCUUUACCACUUACUGGUCCCUAGGUAUAUCGUUUGUGUAUGCUGUUUGUGUGAAUGUGCACACAUGUGUGGAGGUCCCAGUCAAAGUUGGUCAUCCCAUAAAUUGAUAUUAUAAUCCAAAUUGACUUUAUGGGUUAUUGGGCAUGGCAAAGAAGCUCCAGACUCCACUGUUCCUCAAAAUGUACCAGCAGACACCCUAAGAAGAGGGGAGUCAUGGUGGCUUUCUAUGAAGGGGCAAAUAGACAAAGUAAUUUGCUGACCUGUCAGCCAGCCAGUGUCUGUGGGCUGUGAGGAGACAGGGCUGUGAGUCUUUAAAACAAUCUGUGUUCUUCAUUGCUGCAAAAAAAAAAUCAACAUGAAUUCAUGGCUGUAUUACUCACAUGCUGCUUUAAUUUUCUUGUCCUUCUGGCCCUAUACACUCGACCCAUUUUGCACAUUGUUUUACCUGAGAUCAAGUUCGAAUCCUUAGAAGCUAAAUAUUUCCCUCCUGGAUGACAAGAUUUGAUGAACAUCAAGAUAUGAUCUGGAAUCUUUUCAGGGGUCACUAAUUCUUUCUGUGGAUUUUUUCUUUCCCAAAUAUUUAAAAAUAUAAGGACCCUUUUCAGCA